UAAUACUUUCAAUAAACUCGUUAAUUAAAUUAAAAAUUAGCUUAAGUAAUCUUCAUGAAAAAGCUAGGAUAACUAUUUUCUCGCAAAAAAGAUAGGCAGGAUUCUACUUAUGUUAACUGUGAGUCUGAAAAAGGUAAAUCAUCUAUGGAUCAUCUCCAAUUAUAACAAAAAGAAGAUUUAUAAAGUAUUCUUGAUCCAUUUGAGUAAAUUGCUUAUUCUGAUCACAUAGAAAAGUUUAAUCGUAAGAACAAAAAGCAGAAAAGAUCACUCAUGAUUACUAAUUAUUUUGUCUAUAAUUUGAAAGGCCUAAGCUUAAAACGCAAGAUAGAUAUAUAAAAGAUUAAAAAAAUAAUUUAAAACAGACAAAACUGUGAAUUUAUUUUAAAUAUUCCUGACGAGUACGAUUAUCGCUAUUGCGCUCAUAGUGAGAGUUAAAAAUAGUGCAUUAUAGAUAUCCUCUGCUCUUUUUCUUAAGGUUUGCAAAUUAUGUAUGCAGAUUAAAUAGACUUGGCUGAAGUAGUUUAGACUAAGAAAGAAAUGGAGUAUUUCCAAAAUAUCUAAUCCGAUGAGAUAGAUAAAACAACAGUUUAAAUCAUCAAUGAAAUUGAAGUGAGAAACACUUAAAAUUAUUGUACUAAUUCAAUAAUUAUAGAUGAUUGUCAUAGUAACAUUUGUAGAACUACAAUUUUAAAUGCUUAACUUACUUCUAAUUAAAUUUAAAAUUAGCUUUCUUAAAAUCCUAGAAGUUCUUUACUAUACUCUCUAUUUUCAUCUAACCAACGCUAAAAUAAUGGUAGUAAUACCCCAAGUCCUAAAAAAGAUAACUAUUAACAUACUAAUGAUAAUUAUAUCUAAAAACUUCCUUCAUUUCAAAAAGGAAUCUAAAGAAAUUUCAGUGAUUUCGAAUUGAUCGAAGUUCUUGGAUACAACAGUAUAUGGAGGUAUUUUAGAGUCAGGGAAUGCUAAAAUACAAAGAAAAUUUAUCAAAUGAGAGUGAUUAACAUUCAUAAUUUAUUUAAGUAAGAGAGUGAGGACAUGUAAAAUUAAUUUGUAUAAGAAUAAAUAUAUCUAAUUAAAGAACUAGAUUCUAAUUACUUCACUCAGCAAUUUUAUUACAUCCACCAAGGAAACUAUUUCGCUGUCUUGUAAGAGGAACUAGAUGCAAUUAAAUAUAUUGAUCUCGCAUAGCUGAUUGACGAGUAAUCUUUCCUCUCUGAAAAUGUAGCAAAAUUAAUAGCAGCUUAAAUAGCUUAUUCUUUGCACAUACUUCAUCAAAAAAAGAUCAUUUACAACUAAGUGAACUCAAAAGAUAUAAAAAUUGACCUAGCUGGCAACACCAUACUUAAUAGAUUUGAAUUUUCUCAAUUCCUAUUUACUCCUUUUUAAGUCUCUCCUAAAAAUGGAGGCAAACUUUUUGUUAAAUCAGAAAAUGUAAAAAGCAGUAAUGAUACAUUUUCUUAAGUGGCUUAAAACAAGAGUGCCUAAAAUUACAGAAAUUCUACCUGCAAUAUCAAAGAAAGAAAUUCUGAUGACAUAAACUAUUGCUACGCAGCUCCAGAAAUAAUAAAUGAACAACCAAAUACAUAUUCUUCUGAUUGGUGGAGUUUUGGAGUUUUACUAUUUGAGAUGCUUUUAGGAUAUACUCCCUUUUAUGAUUAAAACCCUAGCCAAAUCUAAUAAAAGAUUCUUACUUCAAAAGAAAUUAUAUUUCCUAAAAUGGCCAAUAUAUCGCCAGCAGCAAAAAAUCUAAUUCAAAGAUGUUUGGAUAAGAAUUAAAAAAACCGCAUCAAAAGUAACGAAGUAUUAAGCCAUGAAUUCUUUUAAGAUAUUAAAUGGAGAGAUAUUAAGGAAAGAGUACCAUAAUAAGAAAUUUCUUAAAUAUUUAAUUUAGAGUAAUAGUUGAUAAAACAAUCUACAAAAAUCUAAAUUGAACCAACAAUUAAUAUAAAUUAAGUUGAUUCUUAAUAAAAAGUAUAUGAUUUUAAUCCUUAAAAAACAACUAAAAUAUCUAAUUGCUAAGAUAAAACUAAAACAAUAAGCGAUAAAUAAGAUUAAAUACUAUAAUAAACUCAAGCUACAAGCAAUUAUAAUCAAAUAGAAUAAUAAAACUAUGAAAAUAAUACUGUAAAACACUAAAAAAAAACAAAUUAAUUUAAUAAACAUAACUAUUAAGAACAUCUAGAAGAAAAUUUCAUUUUAGACCUGUUUGGGGGUGUUGACAAAAAUGUUUAAAUCUUUAAAUUAAAUAACAUGAUAAAAAAAGAAAGAAUUCCAAUCGAACUUCUAAAUGAGGCUUGA